AUGGAUGACCUUGAGUCGCUGGAGCUGUUCUCACUCGUGUCGCGAGUGACGAAUGAGCUCCAGAACCACCUGGGUAUUAAUGACAAAACGCUGGCAGAAUUCGUGAUUGACCAGCACCUCAAAUGCAAUGGCGCUUUUCCUGAAUUCAAGAAAAGCCUUGAUGAGAUGGGCGCCGAGUUUCCACAGAGCCUAAUGGAGAGUGUUGAUCGCCUUGUUCUUACCAUGCAUCCAAAAUACAAAGGAAAGAAAGCGACGGAAAAUGGUACCUCGGGCGGCGCAGACGGUGACAAUCUAAUGGACGAGCUGGAUGCUCUGGAGAAGAAAUCUCGAGUAUUCAAAGGCCUUGCUGUGCCCGAUGCAGAGAAACGCUGGGAAGAGAAUGAUUACCUGGAUCAGCAAACAGCGGACAAUGCCCAGGCCGGCGCGAUGGACGACACAUUCGCUAUGUUGGAAGGGCUAGCUGGAAAAGCAAAUGACGACAAACCCCGCGCCACAAGAGACUACCACGAUGAUAGAAAGCGGAGUCGAAGCCCCGAGUAUGACAGCCAUGAUCGCGGACGCCGACACAGAGACAAAUAUCGAUCAAGAUCGCGAAGCACCCACCGGCACAGCAAACACGAUGAAUACAUUGAUGAGUUCGGCAGAUCUAUCGGCAGGUACGGCAAGGAAGACGGACAUCGAAAUGGGCACAGCGAUCACCGAAGACGGCGGGAUCGAGAUGACGAGUUGCGCCGACCUCCAGUCGAGUUAGAUGACGAACCCAUUCUCUACAAGAUCUACGAAGGACGUGUCACGGGAGUUAAGGACUUUGGUGCCUUUGUCAAUCUACAAGGUGUCAAGGGCAAGGUGGACGGCCUCGUCCAUGUUUCGGCGAUGCAAGAGGGUGCGCGGGUCAACCACCCCUCUGAUCUUGUCUCGCGUGGGCAGCCUGUCAAAGUUAAGGUUGCCAGUAUACAGGGAAAUCGCAUUGGGUUGUCGAUGAAAGAAGUCGAUCAAGUCACUGGAAUGGAUCUUGUUCCUCAAAAACGUUUGGCCUCUGGCGCCAAUAUGGAGCGCCUUGAUGGAUCUUCGGUUAAUGAUAGAUAUGGCAACCUCAGCUCUGAGGUGCCUGUCAUCGAGCAGUCAAACGGACGGCACAUUAAAAAUCGCAAACGCAUGACAUCCCCGGAGCGUUGGGAGAUAAGACAGCUUAUCGCAUCUGGCGUGGCAUCCGCCGCGGACUACCCUGACCUUGAAGAAGAAUACCAUGCCACUCUGACCGGCGAGGGCGCCUUUGAAGAGGAAGAAGACGUCGACAUCGAAGUGAGAGACGAGGAGCCCCCUUUCCUAGCUGGCCAAACGAAACAGUCUCUAGAGUUGUCUCCUAUUAGGGUCGUCAAAGCACCUGAUGGCUCAAUGAACCGUGCUGCUAUGUCUGGUACAAAUCUUGCCAAGGAACGACGCGAAUUAAAACAGCAAGAAGCGCAAGACAAGGCUGCUGAGCGAGCAGCUGAGGUUGAUCUUAAUGCGCAAUGGCAAGAUCCCAUGGUUGCCCCCGAAGACCGAAAAUUCGCUUCCGGAACUUCGAAGUACACAGCAGCCGAAGCCCGACGAAGCAGUGCCAGAGUGGAAGCGGGUGACCAUGGGCAAGAAUCCGUCCCUGGGUAA